AUGAGAAAAUGGAAGAAGAACAAAAAAAAGAACAAACCAAGGAAGUUAUGGUCCAUUCCCGACGAGGAACUCCUCCUAGAGUUAUGGGCCGAUAAGGAGCCAGGAUUGCGUGGUGCAAGAAGAAAUCUCCACAUUUACAAAGAAAUGUCGGUAGCAUUUGAGGGUCGGCUAGUGGAUUACACUCCCGACGAAGUGAAGGUGAAGCUGCACAACCUCACAACGAAAUAUAAUCGUGAAAAAAAGAAGAUUGGGCCGUCGGGUGGAUCACCAUCAGAAUGGCAUUUGUAUUCGAAGAUACAUUCCAUUCUCGGAGAGCAUCGAAUCCAUAAUCUUCAUUUAUAUAUAGAGGACAGCCGUCCCUCAGAUGAUAAUGACAUUUCAACGGACGCAAUUCCCGCUUCUGACGAGUUGAGGUCGAGAUCAAGGUCCAGGUCAAGAUAUUCCUCAUCUCAGUUGGACAUCAAUGACAAUCCAUCUGCGGAAUCUACUUCACCAAUCGCUACUUCUUCUACUUCUAGGCCGCGGGCUGAAAAGAAAAAAAAAAGAAAAAAUAAUGAACACAAAAGUGAUCCGCAGAUGGAUGAAUUUAUCAGAGAUUGCAAGCAAUGGGAGGAGAGGAACUUUGCGUUGGAAGAAGAAAAAAUUACUGGAAUGGAAACUCAAUUUAUAUUUGAAGUAGGGCAGGGUAGGUAUUUAUAA